GGAUUUUCUGGGUAUGAUUACUGCAGAAGUCAGCUUGGCCCUUGGAACAUUAGCAUUGGCUUUCUUUAUACCGUUGUCAAUGGCUUCUGCUGAAACAGUUACCAUUCCUAAAGAACUAAAGGCUGCUACUGCUAGAGUGUCAGUCAGUUCCACAAGCUGUAGCGUCACCUGUGGGCUGGGUUACAAGGUAGAAGAACGAUGUCAGGUGAAUCCUCAAGGGGAAAGGAGAGGCUGUACCAAACGGAGAGUGGACUGCUUGGCCAACUGGAUCUGUGGGAUGCGCCACUUCACCAUCCUUGUUGGUAAACCCUUUGAGCUCAGUUGCCUGACCCCUCAUGAGAUCGGUCCUGAGACCCAGAGCUUUAGCUAUACGUGGCGGUUGGCCAGGGGCAUCAUCACCACAGAUGAUGCUCUCUUCAUGCCUUUCAAAGCUCCGAGCUUCGUCAUUAAGCUUUCCCCAGCUGAGGAAUACGAUGCAGGAACAUACAGAUGUGAUGUGCAGUUCAUGAGAACCUACAAGAUGGUCAAGAGAAUCUAUUUUGGACUUCGUGUCAUCCCUGGUCAGCUGGUGGAGCUGAACUUUGACAAAUCCUUGACUCUGGAACAGAAGUUAGAAAGUGAGAAUGGAAACAACCAACAGAACACCAACACCACCGCCGCACCCGUCCGGAAGCAGUGGAGUUCUUGGCGGCACAGAGCUGUGUUUGUAUUUGUGGUAGGCAUUGGAAGCGGAGUGAUAGGAGGGGUCUUGUUGCACACCCUUCUCUACUAUUUGCUGAGGGUUCGCAGCAAUUACGAACCUGUGGAGGAUUGA